GACACACAGUGAAUGUGGAUGCACGAUGGACACAACAGAGCUGUUUGUGCUGCUCACCUGUCUGCUUCCUGCAGGUGUGACCUGUGGGAAAGAGGUCGUGUUUGUUCACAGCAGAAUUGGAGGUGAGGUCCACCUGCAUUGCACCAACAUGGUUUCUCCAAACUGCUCAUCCAUCUCUUGGAGCUUCUACAAGGAGACGCAGGUGCACUACUUUAAGGUGGUCAGCUCGGGGCAGGUGAACUUGAAAUCAAAUAUGUCCAAACGCGUGACGUUCACAUACAACUGCUCUCUGCACCUCCGCAACCUGAAGGCCGAGGACGCUGGCACCUACAUGUGCCAGGCAGUCCUGGCAGAAGGGGCAGAGCAGCCGGUAACCACCCACGUCUAUUUGUCUUUGCUCACCAUCUCCUCACCGUCACUGAUCACAGAGCUCCAGCCCGGAGGAGACCUCGUCCUCAGCUGCAUCAUCUUCACUUUCUACGAUCCUGGGAACUGUAAGACGUACACCAGCAGCGAGUUCAGCCUCAGCUGGACGUCCGAGGACGGAACCCAGCUGCUCAGCGGCAGCAGGUUCAAGCUCUUUAACGCCUCUCGCUGCAACGUCACUCUGACUAUGAAGCUGCAGGAGGAGGACAAUGACCGUACAUGGAGGUGUCAGGUGAAGACCACGCACGGUGCUGUGACAUUUCUGGACUUCACGUCCACCUUUUUGUUCCAGUGGCCUUCCACCAGCCAGGGUUUGACCCCGGCCACUGACACAGGCCGCACAGUGGAGCUGCCCGUCACUCGCAUCAUGCUGUGUGCAGCUCUGACAGUGGUGGUGCUCAUUGUGUGCGUCUUCACGUGGAGACAGGGUGGUAAAACAGCCAAGGAAUCAGUCAAUACCUUGGAGCUGCAGCUCACUAACUAACAAGCAGUUGGUCCUCAUGGUGCUCCUCCUUACAUCUGUAACAUUCUGUUUUUUCUUUUCCCUCUGGAUGUUACAGCACACAGGUAUUGGUUGGAUUGUCAGCAGGAUUCGUGGGCAGUCACACUGCAGACUGGUAACACAUUUUUCCAUCUGUAGGACAAGAAACGUGAUAAUGUCUGCUCCAGGUGUCAAGUGGCACUGUGCAUCCACCGCAUAAUUCAGCCGCUUUGCAUUCUGGCUAUUCUUAUUGUAUCCAUGUAGUCUGAAAACUUUGCUUCAAAAACUUAUUUUCUAUCAUGAUGUGUAUUUACAGAAACACAUAAAUGUUCACAAAAUAAAUAAAGGAAUAUCAUUUUGGAAAUGUCAGUGAAACAAGCAGUAAUUACCUUUUUGAGGACACCAGACAUGGGCUUAGGUGGCCACCAGAACUAAACUUUGAUGGCCACCAGAACUAAACUUUGAUGGUUACCAGAACUAAGCUUUGGUAGUCAGUAAAACAAAGCUUUGGCAGUCACCAGGAUUAAGCCUUGAUGGCUACCAGAAUGAGGCUUUGGUGGUUACCAGAACUAAGCUGUGAUGGCCACCAGAACUAAGUUUUUGUUUUUACCAGAACUAGGCUUUGAUCAUCACCAGAAUGAAGUUUUAGUGGUCACUAGUACUAAGCUUUGAUGGUCACCAGAACAAAGCUUUUUGGUCACCAGAACUAGGCUUUGGUGAUCACUAGAACUAAGGAUUGGAGGUCACCAGACCUAGGAUUCAUUGGCCAAAAGGUGUAUGGUAUGAUGGUCACCAAAACUAAGCUUUAGUUUCCACCAAACUUAUGAGGGGCAACUGAGAGGUUUUGAGCCUGGCCCAGAAAGGAUGUAGUUCUCACUCUUUUGCAUUCUGAAAAAUGAGAAUGUGUGAAGUUUUGACUCAUUGGGUGGUGUUGAGAAAUGUUGGUUUCUUAGAAUGCAAAUUAUGGAGAACCACGCUUUAUUUUUUCUGGGUCAGGCUCAAAACAUCUCAAUCGUCCUUCAAAGGCUGUGGUGGCCACCAGGCCUAGGAUUUGGUGGCCACCAGAUUUAGGUUUGGAGGUCACCAGACCUUGGCUGUAGUAGCCACAAGGCUUAUGCUUUGGUGCUCACCAGAACUAAGCUUAAGUGGCCAACAGAUCUAGGAUUUGGUGGGGACCAGGACUAGGCUUUGGUGGUCACUGGAACUAAGCUUUAGUGGCCAGUGGGCACAUCAAAUAUGCUUUAGUGGCCACCAGGCCUAGGCAUUAGUAAUCACCAGAACUACGCUUUAGUGGCCAUCAGGCCUAGGCUUUGGUGGUCACCAGACCUAAUUUUUGGAAAUAAAAGAAACUGACAAACAGGCUCAUUUCACACAACGUGUAACUUCAAAACCACAUAAAUGUUGGGAAAGUGAGAGAAGGGAGAUGUGUCUGCUUCAGUUAGUUUCAAACAAAAUCCUUUCUGCAGGGUUGUGUGGAGACAUGACCAUGUUGUUUGACUUUUAGAACAUAGCCACUGUGAAACAAUCCCAAAGUAACAGUUCUCUGAGUUUGCACAUUUUUGUGCAGAAGUCUUUCGCUUACUGACAACCGCGCCUGUUCCUCAUCCAUCAUCAGACCUGCAUCCACUAACCAUCCAGCAGGUGGCAACAUAUCUGCACUAUAUCACAUAAGAAAAGCAAAGUUAUAUCAAAGUUCACCAAAUUUUCCUGACUCCAUCCUCAUUUUGCAUCCUUUGCAUUUGAAGAGUGAAAAAUUUAAUGGUGGUUCUUGGUUUUGAUUUAUUGUGUUUAUAAUUUGUGAGAGACAAAUCGUCUGUCUCGUUUCUGGUCACUGCAUAUUACAGAGUACAUGCCUAGACUUAGGGGAGGUGAUGGUCUAGUGGUUCAGCGUUGGG